CGCCCCUCCCCCACCCCCAGGGGGCGGGACCGGCCCCGAAUUUCGGGAAUUUUGGGUUUUUUUGGGAUCAUGGAGGGACCCCCCGAGGGAGGCGAAUCCCAGGAAUUUUUCCCAUUCCCGGAAUUCCCGGAAUUCCCGCGGGAAUUUUGGCUUUUCCAGGGGCUGGUGAUGGUGGUGACGGGCGGAUCCGGGUUCCUGGGAUCUCACCUGGUCCAGGUGUUGUUGGAGGCGGAGCCGGAGCUUCGGGAGCUUCGAAUCCUCGACCUCAACCCCGAUCCCGAGAUCGUUCCGGAACGGCACCGCUCUCGAGUCCGGCUUUUCCACGGAGAUGUCGCCGAUUUUGGGGCUCUCGGCGCCGUUUUUGGGGGUGCCCGGGUGGUUUUCCACAGCGCCUCCCUGGUGGACGUGUGGGGGAACUGCAGCCCCGAGGCCAUCGCCAGGGUCAACGUACUGGGCACCAAGAACGUGAUCAGAGCUUGCCGGGCCCAGGGGGUUCCGAUCCUCGUCUACACCAGCAGCAUGGAGGUGGUGGGGCCCAACACCCGGGGGGACCCUUUUCCCAAUUUUCCCCCCAAAACUCCCGCAGGAAACGUGGCCUGGAUGCACGUCCUCGCCGCCCGCGCCGCCCGCUCCCGCCCGGCCUCGGUGGCGGGCGAGGUUUUCUUCUGCUACGACUCCUCCCCCGCCAUCCCCUACGAGGAUUUCAACGUCCGGCUGCUCCGGCCCGCCGGAAUCCGGGAAUUCCCCAUCCCGGAAUUCCUGCCGGGAAUCCUGGCCCGCCUCAACGGGCUCCUCAGAGGCCUUUUGGGGGCGUUGGGGGUGGGGUUUGCGCCGCUGUUGAACCCCUACACGUGGGCGGUGGCGCGGACGGCGUUCACCGUUCGUACGGACAAGGCCGAGAAAAGAUUCGGCUUCCGGCCGCUUUUUUCCUGGGAGGAGGCGAGGGAGAGGACGGUGGAGUGGGUGAAAGGGUUGGAGGGGGCGUGAAAUGGGGAAAAUUUGGGGGGAAAAGGGUGAAAAAACG